UAGCAAAUAAAACUACAAUUUCUUCCAAAUGAUUUUUACUGAAACUAACAGCCCACCGAAUUAUUAGAUCUACAGCAACUCAAUUUUAAUAUUAUUUAUUUAUGGGGUAACCAAAAAAAUAUUAAAACUAUUUAUUUUGGAUUAACUUUAUGGGGUAACCAGAAAUUUAUUAAAAUAACUUAUGGGUAACUAAAAAAUUUGGGAGCUAUUUGAAUUUAUUUAGAAGUUUCAAAAUGACUCACUUUAAUGAAAACUUUCUGUAAAAUUAUGGAUUAAAAAAAAAAGAUAUAUCUAAAUAUCAACAUUUUGGAUAAUAAAGAUUUUAUGUGACCAAAAAAAAAAAAAAAAAGAAAAGCAGAAGAUUAUAUGUUCGGUAGGAAUCUGAACCGUACACGCCGACAAAUAGCCAUUACCCGAACAUAACUCACUUUAGACCUAACCCUUUACCCCUAAAUGAUCAAAGCCAGAUUCCAAUCUCCAACCUGAUGGCAGAAUAUCUAUCGUUAAUUUUCUAUAGGAUUUGUAAUCCCAAAAGCAGGUAUGAUUACGAAGAAAUGGCGGAAGCUCGAGCAGAGGCAGAACGCAGGGGGUUUGAGGCAGAGCUCAAGAGGUUGAGAACAAUCUCAGAAGCAGAGGAAUUGAGGUUGAAAACACAGUUAAAAAGAGUUGAGGCAGAGCGCAAGAGGUUUGGGGCAGAAGUGAAUAGGUUGAGAAGAAUCAUCUUAGAAAACAAUAAUAGUGGAGGACCCCCCGAGUUUUGUCUUCCCUCGGAUCUUUUAGCUGUGAUACUGUCCCGUCUUGCUUUGAAAGACAACAUACGGUCUUCUGCCGUUUGCAAGACAUGGGGUGAAAUAGCUGCAUCUGUUCGGGUUAGAGAUCCGCCUUGCUGGCUUAUGUAUCUUGAUCCAUGUCGUAACUCGUAUGGGUUCUUCGACCCAAUAGAGAAGAAGAAGACAAAGGCAAUGAUGGUGGAUCUACCCGAGUCUUGCUAUAUUCUUUAUUCCAAUGAUGGGUGGUUACUCAUGGAAGACAGGGCUUCACAUGCCAGGCUUUUCUUCUUCAAUCCUUUCACCCGAGAGCGCGUAGACCUGCCGGUGUUUGAUACAGUUUUGUUGAUGCAAAUGCGUUUUGCUUUCUCCUGUGCUCCCACAAAGAAAGGCUGUGUGGUGUUUGGUAUUACUGGUGCUAGCGUCUCGGGUCGGGAAGUCGAAAUCAUCACUUGGCGUCCUGGUGGUGCCUCUUCUACUACAUGGGUAAAAGAGCACUUCCCAAACCCGUUUCCUUGUGACCUUGUGGAUACAAUAAACGUCUUAUACAACACAAGGGAUGGUCUCUUCUAUAUGUCAUUGGGGAUUGCGCUAGGGGUAUUCGAUCCGUCUGCACGUACUUGGAAUCUUGUCCCUGUGCUGCAACCGAUCCCAUGUUUCCAGAGGCACCCGAUGAGGUGGAUUACUGAAUAUAAAGGAGAGAUAUUUCUUGUAGAUGCAUCGUCUGUGAAGCCCGUGGUGUACAGGCUUAAUAACUCUUUCAAGAGGUCAGUUUGGGAGAAGAAAGAAACAUUGGAGGAUGGUUGCUCAAUUUUUGUGAGCGAUGGGUCAUGCGUGAUGACUUGUGGGUUAAUCAGUAACAUUUUGUAUUUCUGGAACAAUGAUAUCAACGACAGGCGUCCCAGUCCCACCAAGUACCAAGACUUUACUUUCAAAAUGAAUCGGCCCUACAAGUAUUCCUUAUACAGCAGCAGUUUAUGUGAUGACCCUGAAGGGUUUUACUUUGAAUAUCGCCCCACCAAUCGGAACAAUGGUGUCUGGAUUCAGCCGCCCCACAACAUCUCUAUCUUUGAUUUUCCCAUCCUCCCCGCAGAAGAUGCCAUAAAUACGCGUCUAUUUAUCUGAUUUUAUAUUUUGUAAUAGCAGAUACUCUUUUUCUUUAUAUUUUGCUUAAUGAGUAAUCCUUUUUGUUGUCAUUGCUUGAUGAUCUUGUUUGCUUCAAAAGCAAUCUCUCAGUUUCAAGCUUGAUAGUGUUAAAUGCCUUUUUUUGUUCCCUAUGUAUAUUUUUCUCUUAUGAAACUGUAAUUUUAGUUAAGGUUUUGGUGUAGAGCCUUC